GCUCCCUUGUUUGCCGCUGCCUCCUGCACCAGCCCUGCCCUACCAGAGCUGCUGGGAGCUCGCGGGUCUCGGAACUCAUCCCGCCGCUGGGGCUGUGGCAUGGGCGCCACAGUCCUGCUCUGGGUUUUCUUGGCUAUCAUCACUCCAGGGGUCCUCGGUGAGCUGGAGAGGAAGCACGAAGGUCAGUGUAAGUUCCUGCCAAAGUAUCCUUUUGCUAAGCCUAAAAUUCUGAGUGAUCAGUCUGAGUUUGCUGUUGGGACAACUUGGGAAUAUGAAUGUCUUCCUGGGUAUUUCAAGAGGUCAUUCUUUACCACCUGCCUAGAGACCUCCAAGUGGUCAGAUGCCCAGAAAUACUGUAAACGUGAGUAAUCUUAAUAGAGGCAUCUGUGGGUUUAUGAGUGGAUCUCUAUGAGCUAACCUAUUAUUUUUCAAGAUAAAAGACCAGCGAAUUAAUAAGUCAUCUCAAAUUAAGUUGGAGGCGGAUGGAUUUCCUGGGUUCUCCGUGUUUUCUUUUAUACCUCAGGGCAUCAGGUAUGGAGGUUAAAUCAUCACAGCUGGCCAGCCCUGUUUACCUAUAAUCUCCAUGACCUUGCUCUAUGCUCUCUGUACUGUGGUAGAGUGAGGUUAGAAGUUGGUAUACAAGGAAUGUUAGUUUCACUUUAUUUUUACCCCAUUUAAUUCAAGAGAUUUUUUUGA